AUGGCGGACAAUGACGCCGAACAGGCUUUCUUGCAGGCCCAGGCCAUGGACGCCGACACGACAGAACCCGUUGCAGCUGAAGAACAAACGGGAAAUGACAACGACGAUGAAUACGACCCCUCAAACACCCUGGACGACCAGUACCAGCUCACACAGGCAGAUGUCGAGCAGGACGAAGAAGAUGUCGAUUCCACCGCAGCUUCAAAUCCGGAUGAGUCCUCAGACCCGACCACUGACCAAGUCGGUGACGCGCCGGAUCCUUCCCAGACCCCCUCACGUGCUGAGUCUCAGCCGUCCACGCCGGUACUACCCACUGGUGCAUCGGUGCAGCCCCAGACCAGAACGAUCGGGGGAUUUGUGGCCGAGGAUGAGGAUGAUGAGGAUGACAAAGAUGAGGCGGACUACGAGCCGCCGGCUGCAUUGGGGGUGGAUGACACAAAUGCCAUGCCUAUGACCAUGUCUGAAGAUCCAAGUUCAGGAAAUGCAAUUCAAAACACUUCCCCUGAUGUAUCGUCGCAGCCGCUUUUGGGCUCUGCCAGCGUGCAAGAUGUUGCCAAUAGUUCUUAUUCUCCUGCUCCUGUUCCUAAUAUUGAUCCCUCUGCUCCUGGUCAAAUUCAGCUGGCUGUGCAUGAUGUCAGCACACAGAACAGUACUGUUCCUACCCCUGUACCCGACUCACCCUCUGCUGCGAGAGGCCGUUUGCCUCAUGACCGCGUGGGGAUCCUGCAAGACAGGAUCGACAAGGAUCCGCGGGGAGAUAUCGCGGCGUGGUUGGAGUUGAUUGGGGAGCACCGGAGUCGUAACAGACUGGACAGUGCUCGCGAAGUGUACGAGAAGUUCUUGAACCUGUUUCCGAUGGCUGCCGAUCAAUGGGUGGCAUAUGCCACUAUGGAGUCCGAACUCAAUGAGCUUUUCCGGCUGGAGCAGAUCUUUAAUCGCACGCUUCUCACAAUCCCCAAUGUCGGGCUGUGGGGCGUUUACCUGGACUAUGUCCGCCGCCGCAACCCGUUGAGCACAGAUACCAGUGGACAAGCGAGACGUACCAUCUCUUCGGCAUACGAUCUCGCCCUCCAAUAUGUGGGCAUGGACAAGGACAGCGGGAACAUCUGGAAUGACCACAUCGAGUUUAUCCGAUCUGGGCCGGGUACCGUCGGAGGUUCUGGGUGGCAGGACCAACAGAAGAUGGAUUUGCUGCGAAAGGCAUACCAGAAGGCCAUCUGUGUUCCCACGCAGGCAGUCAAUACGCUGUGGAAGGAGUACGACCAGUUUGAGAUGGGUCUCAACAAGCUUACGGGCCGGAAGUUUUUGCAAGAACACUCGCCUUCGUAUAUGACAGCUCGCAGUUCCUACACAGAGCUGCAAAACAUCACUCGGGAUUUGAUCCGCACCUCGCUGCCGAGGAUGCCUCCCGUUCCGGGAUACGAUGGUGACGUCGAAUUUGCUCAACAAGUUGAUAUCUGGAAGCGGUGGAUCGCCUGGGAGAAAGAAGAUCCUCUGGUUCUCAAGGAAGAUGACCCUGCUCUCUUCAAGGCCCGCGUGGUAUAUGUCUACAAGCAGGCACUUAUGGCACUCCGAUACAUUCCUGAGAUCUGGUUCGAGGCAGCUGAGUUCUGUUUCUUAAAUGAGAUGGAGAACGAUGGCAACGACCUUCUAAAGCAGGGAAUCGAGGCAAACCCGGAGAGUGGCUUGCUGGCCUUCAAGCGCGCAGAUCGACUGGAGGUCACCUCGGACUCCGAACAGGAUUCAGCCGGGCGCGCCGCUAAAGUGCGGGAGCCCUACGACAAAUUACUUGAUACUUUGUACGACUUGAUUAACAAGGCUCGGACCCAGGAGACCCAGGACGUCUCGCGGAUUGAGGAGACCUUUGCGCAGCAGAACCCCGAAGGCAGACCCACCGACAACGAGGACGAGGAAGUUGAUCCGGAGAUGAAGGAGAGGGAGGCCGCAAAGAAUUUUCAGAUCGAUGCCGUUCGCAAAGCCUACUCCGCCCAGAUCACCCUUCUUUCCAAGACCGUGUCUUUCGCCUGGAUUGCACUUAUGCGUUCUAUGCGCCGCAUCCAGGGUAAGGGCAAACCGGGCGAGCUGGCUGGUUCCCGUCAAAUCUUUGCAGAGGCCCGCAAGCGAGGCCGGAUUACCAGUGACGUCUACAUCGCCAGUGCUCUCAUGGAGUAUCAUUGCUACAAAGAUCCCGCCGCGACCAAGAUCUUCGAGCGAGGUGCGAAGCUGUUCCCCGAGGAUGAGAACUUCGCCCUGGAGUACCUGAAGCAUCUGAUCGAUAUCAACGAUAUCAUCAAUGCCAGGGCUGUUUUCGAGACAACCGUCAGGAGAUUGGCAGCCAACCCCGAGAACGUGCACAAAGCCAAGCCUAUCUUUUCUUUCCUUCACGAGUACGAGUCCCGCUACGGUGAUCUGGUCCAAGUGGUCAACCUGGAGAACCGUAUGCGCGAACUCUACCCCGAAGACCAAUCGUUGGACCAGUUUUCCCACCGAUACGCCACACCCACCUUCAACCCAAUGACUGCCCGGCCCAUCUUGUCUCCCUCGCAAACCAGGCCGAAGUCAAUGUAUCCCGGGAUCGCUCCCGAAGCUCGCAGCUCUCCCGGACCCCAGUUCAAGGAUCAGUCUUUGAGCUCACCGAAACGGCCUUACCCUACCGAGGACUUUGACUAUGACUCCGAUCGCCCACGCAAGUUCGCUCGAGCCGAGUCGCCCCUAAAGCAAGGCCGGCGUGUUGAUCAGCAAAAACGAACUCAACAACUCAACGGCCAGGCGUCGACCGGUCACUAUAAACCCCAAGGUUCUCCGGCUCCUCUGCCCCGGGAAGUAGUCCACCUUCUCAGCAUCAUUCCCGGUGCUUCAGCCUACAAUAUCUCGCGCCUCUCUCCCGAAAAAAUGGUUGACCUCCUCCGUCACGUGGAUAUCCCUGCCUCUACUGCUCAAAUCCCACUUCCCGCCAACGCACGAGGUCUCGGAGCAUCUCAACAGUCUGGCAUGAACCCCUAUUCCGGUUCCUACCGUUGA